CGCAACUCGGCGCCCAAAUAGGAGACACGUACCUCGUCAACGAAGACUGCCUUGCUACAUUAUGCGACAUUUUGGCGAAGCUUACGAUAGAGGACCGGACCCUAAGGACAUAUCGCAGAGCCAUUGGAUUCGCCCAAGUUGUUAAGAAGGUGUAGUGUUGACUUCUUGCGCUAUCCAAAGGGAAUGCUACAGAUAAGUAUGGCGACCCUUCAGGUAUUGUGUGGAGCACGAUGGACUGGCGAGAUCAGAGAGGCUAAAAGUUGGUCACCGGGCAGGCACAAAUUAUUUUUGCUUGAAAUAUCUGUGAUAGCAGCAGUUAUGAUAAGCUUAGAUCCGCUUUUAAUUCACCCAUAUAAAAUUCAUAUCAUUUUAAAAUGGUGGCAUUAUCUUUUUGACACUUUUUUCUUGAAAGCGUACUAUAUGAAAACAAAGACAUAGGAAAUCAGAAAAUGCUCGUUUGUAGUGCGCCAAAAUAUCAGAAACAGUUGAACUUGAUGAUGUAUUGAUAUUGAUGUAAAAAGUGGUUGAUGCAGUUACAUGAUAAUUUGUGUGGGCCAAAAAGUAAUGCCAUUUGAGACUUUUAUUUAGUCUGAGAAAUUACUUAAACCUUUAAAUUAAAUUUGUAAAGGAACAAUGCUGUUUUGUUAUAGUAAAUAAAUUAACCAUGUUGUCUGGCACAAAACAGAUUUAUUUUCAUAAUUUGUAGAGUUGGAAUGCAUCCAGAUACUAGAUACUGGCCUCUUUCCUAAUCUUUGUGUUUGUCUUUACUUUAGGGGUGUAAGAUUAGCCCCACUGAAAGUAAAAAACUUGUGUUAAUCAGUCAUUUUGAAAGUACUUAAUUAUGUAGAACCAAACCACAACAAAAUAUUUAUGCUUAGAAGACUAUUACUUUUGUGUUUAACACAGCCUACAGCACACAAUAAAGUAAUAUCCUCUUUGUUUUUAGUUAACAAAAAACUACUUCUGACGUCUAGAUUUCUUAUUUUUUGCAUGGCUUUGAAUGUAAAAAAACAGAUUUUUGUUCAUUUUGAGUCAUAGUAUGCUUGUGUAGUCUUUCUAGAUUAACUUCUGCAUUUUAGCACAUUGCUUCCAUGUACUUUAACCCGCUAGUGAUGCUGCUUGGAAAUUGGUGUUGGCAAAAUUUGUGCGGUAAUUUUAACAGCAGUUGGUUGCAGUUUUUAAAAUUAAUGAAAUGACUUUUAAACUGUUAUCAAUUCUCAAUGUUACCUAUAUUUAUGUCUGGUGAUUGGGCUUAUGUUUUUAUGUCCUCACUAGGUUACUUUUUGGAGUGUUAAUUGAAAUUGGCAUGUUAUUUGUUACUGCAAUUCCCACAAAUGUGCAUUUGCAUAGUCACUGCCAUAUUCUCCAUCUGACUCAAGUCAUGCUUUGUCUUUGGAUAUAACAGGAAUGCCAUUCUGAAAUGCUGUUCAGUCCAUUGUUUCGUCUUCUUAUUGUACCCUUUAAUAGUAAGUGAUCUGAUUUCUGCUUUCAGGAUUUGCUUCCUCUCUUGGUCGGUGUCAGGGAUGACGCAAAGAUUGUCGACGUCACCAUCAAAAUCCUGCUCAAUCUGACGGUUCCUGUGGAGUGCCUGUUGCCGAUGGAGGUAAUGCUGAAGACUGAUGUGGGGCGCUAUACAGUAAUGGAGCUUAACAUGCUCUUGUCAACCAGCAAAGAGGCUUUUGUGUCUCCUCAAAGUACUCGUCCAGUAGUAGACCAUAUCAAAACAAUUCUUGAGAAGGAAACAAAGUUGACUCAGGAAGAUUGUGAAAGCAUUAGUAACUGUCUUCUUUUGCUCCGAAAUAUUUUACAUAUCCCUGAACACCGACCUGGCAGUGCUAUUGUUUCCAUGCAAAAUCAAAUACUUUGGAAUCUUUUUGCCCAAAAUGUUGACAAAGUUCUCAUUCAACUUAUGACCAGCAAGUAUCAGGCAUACUGGGGAGUGACGAUGGUGCAAUUGAUAGCGCUAAUGUACAAAGAUCAACAAGUUGGAACUUUGCAGAAACUUCUUAAUCUUUGGUUUGAGUCUUCUUUAAGUGAUAGUAGUGAGGGAAAUGAGAGUAAUACAUCUCCUCAGCACCAAGCAUCUGGUGAUUCAUCAUCAUUGAUGACAUCUGACCCAACUUCUGACUCAUCCGACAAUGGUGGUAGUAACAAAAAGAGAAAUCCUUACCAGGCAGGAGAUAGCAAAUGUAUGAACAAUGAAUCAGAUGACAGCCAGAGUAGUGAGACUGCAAUGUCAGCAUCUCCUGCUCCAGAUGCCCUUGCUUCAACGAGCCAGGGAGAUUCUAUGGACAGUAAUCAUCAAAGCCAGCCACAGGCUAGACUUAUUGCGCAUCCUCCAAUGGGUAAAAUCAGAGUAAAAAGUUUGUCUGAACUUCAAAUACGCAAUCGCAGAAUAGAAAAGCAUACUGACACUGAAAGCGGUUUUGUAGAGGAUUCGCUGUCAUCCUCUGCUGGCCAUUCAGGAACAUGGUCAAGACAUUCUAUGGUCAAACCAACUCACACUCAAGGCCAGCCUCAUGAAACAUUUGGGCAUGGGAAGCAUCAUAACCAUUCACAGGAUUCAUAUGGUAAAUCUCAAGAAGGUAAACACAAAGACACUCAUCCAAAACUUCACCAACUUCACGGUCCAAACCAUACUGGAGCAAACCAGACGAAAACUCAAGGAAAGAAAGGAGAAACAGGAAGUGAAGUCUCAGACUGUGGCUAUGGUACACAGCAGGAAAAUCAAGAAUCAAACUCCACAUCAAGUAAUGAAGAAGAUGCCCCUCAACGCUGUGUGAAACAUCAAAAACCUCAGCAUAUGCUACAAAAGAGCCGAUAUACUAAUGGAAAACCUAACAUAACACCCCAGGAACGGAAAGAACUUCAUAGGAAGAAACUUGUUAAGAGGAGCCACACUAAAACUAUGCACAUGAAGGCUCUCCUUCAUCAUGUUCCAAGUGAUGAAGAUAUUUCUAAUCUACUUAAAGAGUUCACUGUUGAUUUUCUUCUUCGGGGAUAUGCCUGUCUUGUAAAAGUCCUUCAUAACUGUCUUCUGGAUGGAGGGUCAGUUCAAAUGGAUACCAGUCACUUUUUUUGGUUGGUGACAUACUUUUUGAAGUUUGCCACUCAACUUGAACUUGAUCUGGAACACAUAAGUAGCUCUGUGUUGACAAUUGACAUAGUUUCGUAUUUGACUUACGAAGGAGUUAAUUUAUAUGAAGAACUCCAAAUGAGUAUACAGUGUUCUGGAAGAGAUCUAAAGCCUUGUCUUAGAAGAAUGCAUUUGGUUGUCACUUCCAUUAGAGAAUUUAUUCAAGCUGUAGAGGCAUAUAGUAAAAUUUCUCACUUAACUGAAGAGGAUCGCAGUCAUCUUCUGAAAUUACAACUACAAAUUGCCGAGGUGCACGAUUUAAGGGGCCUGUUUGUCCUUCUACUCCGACACUAUAACCCAUCUCUUCAGAGUCAACAAUUUCUGCAAGAUCUUGUUGUAACCAACCACAAUCUUCUGAUGUUUGUGGAAAAUACUAUUAAAUUGCCUGAAUAUCAUGCAAAUUUCAAUCUUGUUGAGCACAUCAAACAAUUUGGCACUGUUGAAGUGAUGCAUAAUUACGGUCUUCUUCUUGAAGAUUUUUUGAACAAUGGAGAAUUUGUUAAUGACUGUAUCUUAACUAUGAUGCAUCAUGUAGCUGGUGACUUGUCCCAAGUUUCAGUUCUUUUUCAACCGUUAAUACUGCGAUCUCUCUCUGGGAUUUGGGAAAGUGACUGUGAAUUGUGUGAUGACUGGUCUGAUCUUAUUGAAUAUGUUCUGCAUAAAUUUGUUAAAAAUCCAUCUUGUAGUAAAGUGAGCACAACAUCUAAGCACUCUGAGGGCCGGCAAAUCAGUCCUAUAUCUGAAGGCAAUAAAACUGAGUGGACGAAGGAAGAUUCAAAUAAUCUUUACUGGUAUCACCAGCAGUGCAGUGGCUGUGAAGACCCGAUUGAGGCGAUCAUGAACAUGUAUGAAAACAAUGGAGUGCAUGAUAAGACAAGAAUAUCUGUUAUUCAACAAUUACUUCAACAAGAUGUCAUUAAUGAGCAUCAAUAUGGUUCCUACAUGGAAAGAGAAACCUUGCUUGCCAUUAGUGAAAAGCAACAUUCCUCUGUAUAUUCAACACAGAAAUCAGCAAAGUUGGAGAAUGCAGCCAGAGGAGAAACUGAAGAACAAUUUGACCAGAAUGAGGGAGAAAGUAUGGAGGAGGAUUUUGAACCAGCAAAUGAUAUCAAAGUUCUUAAAGAUCAACUGGAGAGUGAAGGCCAUGGCAAAAUGAUUCAAUGGUUGCAAGAACAGCUUCUAGAGGUGUGCUACGUAAAAAUAUCACUGGAAAGAGAUCUCCCAAUUGUGAAGGAGCCUAUUGCCCACAUAUACACCCGAUUAUGUCAGAGCACACCUCUUGUUCCAUGGUAUGUUGAGCAAGAGCAAUGUCUACAUUGUCCUGCAUUUAUUCUGCUCUUGCACAAACUUGGACUUCAUCUAGCUGGCGAUGCAGGGAAACUAUUUCCACGUGUGCCUCAUUUUUGGGAAACAGACGUGCUUUUUCAAACUGCAGAAAAACUAGGACCAAUAAGUAAAGAAAACGUCAAGUUUGACUUGAAUCUCUUGAGAAGUAGAGGUGCAGCUAAAACCCAACGUCUCACGUCAUCACCACCCACUAGCCUCCGUAUUGACUUGACAAGCUCAAACACAUCAGGAAACAGCUUUACUGAAAGAAGUCUAUUUGCUUUACCCUCAGCUUCCAAGACAUCUCUGUCUUGGAGCAGAUAUACUCCUGAACCAGUAAUGUCUAAUGUGCCUAAUUGGCUUCAAGUGGUUCAGCAGUCCAAAGCAACUCGUCUAACUUCAACUGUGGAAACAACUAACUCUCCCAUUGGGAGCAAGAGCAAUAGAAGUAAUCAAGAUACUAUUGACAAAGACUCAUCUAUUGGCAUAAAGCGGGCUACAGCUUCUGACUCAGUAGAUCGUCAAGGAGUUUCACAAGAGCAAAGUGACAUGGAUGUCAGCUCAUAAUAUUUCAAUCAGCCCGUCAAUGCAACAAAUGUAUCAGUCUUUGGAUACAUGUGCAUUGUUCUGCCUUCUAUGAACCACCUUUUAAUGUAGAAGUAAAAUCAGCUUAGGGAUCUUCUGUGAUAAGUUAAUACUUUCAUCUCCAUUUAAAUGGAGGUGAGUGGGCAAUAUAGACAAUUAUGAAUGUACUUUAAAAUUAGGUGUUAAACAGGUGUGAAAUAAGAAAUAAGAAUUCUUUAGACAUCUGGCCUCUUGUUUAGUCAAACUUUUGUACUUUUUGGAGAAAAUGUGUUUUUGACUUCUGAACAGCCAGUUUGUCAUUUUUAACAAUGAUUUUUGUGUGUAGCACUACAGUCAUGAAUUUAAAUGUUGUGAUUUCAAAUUAUUUUUUGAGCUGGUAAUAUGUACCUUUAAAUUUUAGAAUUGCCGUAGGAAUAUGUAUGUAAAUAGGACGUAACUUGAGGUAAAUUUUCUGUAAGAAUUCCUUUUAUCUGGUAUGUGUGCUGUUGAGUUACAUACAGAAUUGUUUCAGAUUAAUUAUGUUACUUUCUAACUUCAUGUAAAAACAGUUAUCACAAUAGAAUAGAUUUUAUUUUGUAUGGUACUGUCAGAACUUAUGGUGACUGCGUUCAAGUAUUUUUGAUUGUUCUCCUAACAAUCACUGUCCUCUUGUUAUUUCUUCUAAUUUGUAGAUUUCAUGUUAGUACUCAUUGUGGGUAAGACUAGAUGCUUCUUGUUUGCUAUCAUACAGUUCAUGGUUAAUUGCAUUUAAAUUAAAUUCAGUACCUUUCUCAAUUUAUAAAUUUAAUUUGCAAGGAUGGUUAAUUCAAUUAGUGUGGAUACAUACCUCAAUACCACAUGGUUUAGCUAAUAUGUUAUGUUGAUUUUAUACCCCAAUUAUGCUUCCUCAAAAAAUAUUGUUUGUAAUCUUAUUUUAUUUUUUCUUUACCAAACUUCCAACCUUAAACUGUUAUGCCUAAGUUGUUGUACAAUGGUUGCUCAAGUUGUGUUUGUGUAUUUAAAUCAAAUUUUGUGCAGAAAAUCACAUUGAGUACAAACUAGUUCUGGGUAUUAUACUUGCAUAGUUUUUACUUCCUAAUAAAUUUGUCAUGUCUCAGUAAGCCAAAA